ACAUAGGGCUGUGGGACCAUUGGGCUGUGGGAACAUAGGGCUGACCCCGAAAGCUACUGAGUGUUGAAGUGUGGAGUAGAUGGCUGUGCGCUAACGUUAGGCUGUACACCCAGUGCUUAGCUAAAGGCCUCAGCUAACUGGCUAACCGAAGCUACUGUUUUAAACUGCUUUUGCUAUGCGGUGUACACUGAGGAGAUCGUCCUAAUACCAUGAUACCGCCCAAGCCUGUUCUCAAGUUUCGGGUUCCCACGGUCAUGGAAUACCUGGAAAACUCAUGGAAUUUCACAAUUUCCAGGCCUGGAAAGUUAUGUAAUUAAUAAAAAUCAUUGAAAGUUUUGGAAAAGUCACGGCAUUUUGUUGUGUGUAAUUAAGUUGUUGCAGUAAUCUUCAAUGCAUUACCUUCCAGAUAAUAUAACAUACCAGCAAGUAUUUUCUGUAGCUGCCAAUGUAACAUAGCUCUAAUAUUCCUCUAUGUGUGACGCUUGUUUACCAUCAAUAUGUUUCUUCAUUUUCUUCCCACUAGCUAAAAUUAUGUUUGAAUAGAGUUUGAAUCUGAUCUGUGUGAAAAACACCUGCUAAGUGGGGCAAGAAAAAAAGAUCAAAGGUCCUUGAAAGGUCAAAUUUUGUCCAUGAAAAUGUUUGGGAAUCCUGGUUAAUGUUCAUCUAAAGCACAUAGGAGGUUGGAUAUUGUUAAAGAACAGCUAAAUGUUUUCUUUCACCCCCUCCCUCUUAACCCUCAGGUUCGACUCCUCAUAACUGAGAGUUAGACGAAAACUCCAGCUCCAGCUGAAGCAGGAAUGCAGAGUGUCAGCUACGUCCGCUGUGUGAAGAGACUGUGGGGUCUAGCACAAGCAUCCCGGCUGCAGAGAUCCAUAUGUCAACUGCAACACAAAAAGGUGCUCUCUGUUGAUACGCUGGUCUCGUCGUUUAAAUCCCCUGGUCCAUGUGUUCUUCUCCCUUCGGACUUGGUAAUGGAGGACAAGCCAUGGGCUCUGAUCUCAGAGGUGGGAGAGCAAGAUUACCUUGAAGAGUUCACUGACAUAAUAAAACAGCACUUUCAAAUCAUCUACUUCAAAGACUUCCUUCAAAACCCUCAGCUGCACGGCCCUAAAAUCCAGGCCAUACUUGUGUGGGCUGUCUCCACUAUAGUACAGCCACAGCUGCUCAGUUUGCUCCCCUCGCUAAAGGUGGUUGCCAACGGAGGAGUGGGCAUCGACCACCUGGAUGUGCCGUACAUCAGCAGUCUGGGAGUGAAGGUGACCAACACGCCUGGUGUUGUGAGUGAUGCCACUGCAGAUAUGGCAAUGGGACUGCUUCUGGCAUCGGCACGCAAGAUCGUUGAAGGUCACCAAAUAGCAGUUGUCCCAAACAGCACCCACAUGACACGAAGGCUGAUGGGAGAGGAAGUCACAGGGUCGACGAUGGGGAUUAUUGGAAUGGGAGAUAUUGGCUGCAAAAUUGCUAAAAGAGGCAAAGGAUUUGACAUGAAGAUCCUGUAUCACAACAGGAACAAGAGGAGCAUUGAAGAUGAGCAGGCGGUGGGUGCCAGUUACUGUGAGAACAUGGACGAACUGCUGAAAGAGUCAGACUUUGUCGUGCUGGCUGUCAACCUCACUCCUGAAACCACAGGACUGAUUAGCCACAGAGAGCUGGCCCUCAUGAAACCCACAGCAACACUGGUCAACAUCAGCAGAGGUCUGGUUGUGGACCAGGAUGCUUUAGUCAAAGCUCUGCAGUCGGGAACAAUCCAUGCUGCGGCAUUAGAUGUGACUUACCCUGAACCUUUACCGAGGGAUCAUCCUCUCCUUGGCCUUCCUAACGUGGUGAUCACACCCCACUAUGGCACCAACACCUACACUACAACAACAAAGCUGGUGCAGAGGAUGGUAGAAAAUGCUGUGGCUGCAGUGAACGGCCAGUCUGUUCCCAAUGAAGUCAAACCAAAAUGACUUCACUGAUGGUGCUUCAUCUGUCUGCAGUUAGGAGUGUUUUCCUACUCUAAGAUGAUGUACAUAAAGUUAACCUGUUAGGUUGUUUGAUAAACAUGAUAAUUAUUGUUACAUUAGGAUAACUAAUGCAUCAAAUACAUUUCAUUGCGCAACUCUGUCUUGUAGAAUGAGUGUUGAGUUUGUAAAUAAAUUUUCACUUGUACACUUCUA